AUGGUGCAGGAAUACCAAGGCCCUGUGCGGGUGUACAAAUACCCAUUCGAGCUGGUGAUGGCUGCCUACGAGCGACGCUUUCCGACCUGUCCCAUGAUCCCCAUUCUUCUUGGUUGUGACAUCAUCUUAGAAGAAGAGUCACCAGACGGGGCGAUUCGGAAAAUUCAGCGCCGAUGUCGACUCAAUAUCGAGGCGCCGUAUCUGCUCAAGAAGAUCGUCGGUGUCGAUCACAUGCUGUUCAUCCAACAGAACAUCUUGGAUCGGCGGAAUAAAGUUCUCAAGAUCGAGGCCUGGAACGAGUCGUUCUCCGGCCGUGUCAGCAUCAAAGAAUACUGUACGUAUUCGGUGCACCCGGACAACCCCAACUGGACGAGCUACGAACAGAGCGCCAGUCUCGACGUCAAAUCUUUCUACGGAUUCGAAGCCACCGUGGAGAAGAUCGCUAUCAAACAGUACUCGGCCGACAUCGCGAAAGGCAAGGAGAUAAUCGAGUACUACAUCAGGGAGCUCAAAAACGAAGGAAUCACCCAGGUUGACAGAUGGAUUGAUCCGUGUGCUGACGGUGGAACCGGAGAAACGAACAGCACCACUAAUCCCGUUGAAAAGAGUAACGGAAGCGCGAUCAAAGAGAGCAGCGGUGGAGUCGAUACAUCAUCAUCGAACAACAAACAAAGUCAAGUCGAGAAGGAAUGCCUGUCGAGGAAAAAGUCCGACGACCCAGCCAUCCGGAAGCACCUUCCGCUCGAGCGCGAGCAUUCGGUCCUAAAAGAUAUAGAGUCAGACCCUCACAUGAAGUUAGAUUCGGAUUACAUAGAGAAAUGCUUAGGCCAUCUGACUCCAUUUCAAGAAUCGAAUCUGGUCAUGCUCAAAAAGUGGAUGGCGGAGAGUCACCAAGGCAAAGUACCGUCGGACGAGAUGUUGAUCCGUUUCCUGAAAGCACGAGACUUCAAUCAGGAGAAAGCCCGCGAAAUGCUGUGCGAGUCGUUGGUCUGGCGGAAGAAGUACGCCGUUGACAAAAUUCUCCAGAACUACCAGAUUCCGAAAAUCGUCAAGGAGUAUUUGCCGGGUGCUUGGCAUCAUAGUGAUAAAGACGGCCGGCCGAUGUACGUUUUUAGAUUAGGCCAGAUCGACAUCAAGGGCUUCAUCAAGUCUAUUGGACAGGAAGGCGUGAUGAAACUGGUGCUACACAUCUGCGAACAGGGUCUUCAGCUGACAGAGGAGGCGACGCGCAGACACGGCAGACCGAUUCGGUCGUGGACGUGCCUCCUGGACCUUGAGGGCCUCAACAUGCGUCACUUGUGGAGACCUGGAAUCAAGACCCUGCUGCAUAUAAUCGAAGUCGUAGAAGCCAAUUAUCCUGAGACGAUGGGCCGCUGCCUGGUCACCCGGGCGCCACGAGUCUUCCCCAUCCUGUGGACCCUAGUGAGCACGUUCAUCAACGAGAACACGAGAGCAAAAUUCAUAUUCGUUGGCCCUCAGGGUGAGGGGAUCUCCGACUACAUCGAUCAGAAACACAUCCCGGAUUUCCUGGGUGGGCAGUGCACAGUGUCGAUUGCAGAAGGCGGCCUCGUACCCAAGUCGUUCUACAUGACCGAAGAAGAAUACGAACGAGAAAAAGCCGAAUGGGCCGGUGAAUCGAUAUUCUACGAUAGCAUGUACCAUUCGGUGUCCCUAGUCAAAAAUCAGGUGCACGAGGUCGUCAUCGAGGUUGAGGACGCACAAAGUGUGCUUUGCUGGGAUUUCGAUGUCAUAAAACAGGACGUCACGUUCGCUGUUUUCCGAUGCCCGCUGAAAAGCAUAAAACCAGCUGUCAUCGGCAUACCUCCGUCAGGCGUAAAAAGUCGCUCAGCCAGUAUAGAGACCGAAGAGCUCACCUCUCCGACGGGUGGCCCACAAUCACCCCUCCCGCUCCUACAAAACCUGCAGCUCGAGGCGGCUGUGACGUUACUGCCCAAAGACUGGGUCGCGGGCAAAGACUACCACGUCAUCGAGCAGCCGAUCAAGUGUUGCGACGGCGAAAGUGUACAGGGAUCGUACAUAACCUCGCAGCCGGGAUCCUACGUACUGCAAUGGAAACGCGCCGGGGGAAGCGGAGGGGACUACUUCGAUUUCGGCAGCCCAAAGUCCAAAGUAAUGUAUUACUGCGAACUUAUAAAUUCUACCGACUAUAAGGGAUCGAUGUCGAGCUUACAGUCCGCGCAAAGCGCAGGCACCGGCACAGAUAGUGGAGUUCAGCCAUAG